AUGGAUUAUCUCUAUCUGGAUGAUGCCGACGCCGACGUCGAGGCUAUGCUCCGGGAGAUCGCGGCCGCCGUCGCCGCCAAUGGUCCCGGCGGAGCGGCUGCUGGCGACGAGACGGACGGGAGCUACUGCGCCGGCGAGAGAUGCGCCUGCGCGGCGUGGACGUACGACGCCGACCUGUACGCCAGCCUCCGGGCCAUGGAGAUGGCCGCCGGCGAGCGGUCGUCGCCGGACUACAUGACCGCGGUGCAGCGCGGCCGGGUCGACCCGUGGACGCGCGCGUCGCUCGUGGCGUGGAUGGAGGGGAUCACCCGGGGGCACGCCGGCCUCGCCGCCGGCACGCUCCACCGCGCCGUCGCCUACGUCGACCGCUACCAGUCGGUGAGGCCCCUGGAGGCGGUGAGCCACCGCCUGCUCGCGCUGCUCGGCGCCACGGCCGUCUUCGUCGCGGCCAAGUACGAGGGCGACCUCCCCGAGGAGAGGCUGAGCGCCGGCGACGCCGCCGCCGGCGCCGGCGCCGGCGGGCUCGCCAUCGCCAGGAGCGAGGUGCUCGACAGGGAGCUCGACCUGCUCGACGCGCUCGGGUACAGGCUGGGCCGCCCCACCGCGCACACCUUCGCCGACCACUUCCUCGCCAGGUACGGCUACUCCGGCGGCGACGCCGUGCACGCCGUGGCGCACCACCUCGCCGACCUCACGCUGCUCGACCGCCGGAGCCUGAGGAUCCCGCCGUCCGUCGUGGCGGCGUCGGCGGUGUACCUCGCGCGGUACGCGGCCACCACCCUGGCAGAUGCCGGGCUGCCGCCGCCGCUGCCGUGGGAGGACGACGGGCUGGAGGCGGUGACGGGAUACAGCGUCGUGUACCUGGCACGCUGCAUGGAGGAGAUGUACGACGUGCAUGAGAUGGCGUCAUUGUGGCCGGGUUACGACGAGAUGAAGAGCAGAUUCGCCAUUGACUACCUGUUGCUUCCUUGCAGACUUGUGGUGCCCUUAGUCUUAAUGUGA